AAAAGAAAGAAAAAAAAACUCACGUCGCAAACCCCAUCGCGCGGUUCGCUCCAAUCCCCGUCCCCCCGGCGCGGCGCCGCCGCAGCGCCUCUCGCCGUUCGCUGGCGCCCCUGGUCCAGCCCGUUCCCUCCGCCACUCAAGAAGCUCCAUUCCGGCCGGCGACCCCCCCCUCCCCAGCUUACUGAGGGCAGCCGAGCAUGAGCGGUGGUGAUGGUCGGCGACGGAGACCGUCGGCCGGAGGAGGUGGCGUCGGCGGCGUCGGCGGCAGCUGGGGCGGUCGGAGGUCUGGAUCUUCGGCGGCAAAGGAACAGCGGACACGGCUGGGCGCGGAGGAGCUCCUCGAGGGCCGGCUUGGCUUCGCGCCCUACACCCAAGGCGACCGCCGGCUUGGCUGGCUCCUCACCUUCUCCCCCUCAUCAUGGGAGGAUGAGGAUACAGGGAAUAUCUACAGCUGUGUUGACCUGUACUUUGUGUCCCAGGAUGGUUCUACAUUUAAAGUGAAGUACAAAUUCCCGCCUUAUUUUUAUGCUGCAACUAAGGAGAAGACGGAGUUGGAAGUUGAGGCGUAUCUCAGGCGACGUUAUGAAGGGGAAAUCGCUGAUAUAGAAAUAAUUGAAAAAGAGGAUCUGGAUCUUAAAAACCACCUUUCUGGUUUGAAGAGAAAAUAUUUGAAGAUUCAGUUCGAUACCGUGCAGCAAUUAAUGCGUGUAAGGAGUGAUCUAAUGCAUGUUGUUGAAAAGAAUGAAGAAGAAAGAGAUGCCGUGGAUGCAUUUGAAUCAAUUUAUGGUGUAAAAAGGGUAGAAAGGCCACAAGAUUACAUAAACUGCAUCAUCGAUUUGCGUGAAUACGAUGUUCCCUAUCAUGUUCGUUUCGCUAUAGAUAAUGAUGUGAGAUCUGGACAGUGGUAUAAUGUUGGUGUAUCUGGUUCUGAUGUUUUGCUUCAGAGAAGGGAAGAUCUGCUUCAGCGUGCAGAAGUUCAUGUAUGUGCAUUUGAUAUUGAGACCACAAAGCUUCCCUUGAAGUUUCCAGAUGCUGAAUACGACAGUGUAAUGAUGAUCUCCUACAUGAUAGAUGGGCAAGGGUACUUGAUAAUCAACCGAGAGUGUGUAGGGGAAGACAUUGAAGAUUUGGAAUACACACCUAAACCAGAAUUCGAGGGGCAUUUUAGAGUUAAGAAUGUCGCAGACGAGGUGGGUCUACUUAAAGCUUGGUUUUCUCACAUGCAAGAGGUUAAACCUGGUAUUUAUGUUACGUACAACGGUGACUUUUUUGACUGGCCGUUUUUGGAGAAGAGAGCUGCCCACCAUGGGAUAAAAAUGAAUGAGGAGAUUGGUUUCCAAUGCGACAGUAAUCAAGGUGAAUGCCGAGCUAAAUUUUCCUGUCAUCUUGACUGUUUUGCCUGGGUGAAGCGAGACAGUUACCUUCCACAGGGAAGCCAAGGUCUAAAGGCUGUUACAAAAGCCAAGCUUGGUUAUGAUCCUCUGGAGGUCAAUCCAGAAGAUAUGGUUCGCUUUGCAAUGGAGCAGCCACAGACAAUGGCUUCUUAUUCUGUAUCAGAUGCUGUUGCCACAUACUACUUAUACAUGACUUAUGUCCAUCCAUUUAUCUUCUCCCUUGCGACCAUAAUACCUAUGUCACCUGAUGAGGUGUUGCGGAAAGGAAGUGGGACUCUAUGUGAAAUGCUGCUAAUGGUCCAGGCAUUCCAGGCUAAUAUCAUUUGUCCUAACAAGCACCAAGCUGAUCUGGAGAAGUUUUACAAUAACCGUCUAGUAGAAAGCGAAACAUACAUCGGUGGUCAUGUUGAGUGUCUUGAAACUGGUGUAUUUAGAUCUGAUCUUCCUACAAAAUUUCAGCUGGAACCCUCAGCAUUUGAGCAACUAAUUGAAAACCUUGACCGUGAUCUGCAAUAUGCCAUUGCUGUAGAAGGAAAAUUGGAUAUUGAUUCUGUCACAAAUUAUGAUGAAGUCAAGGAUGCCAUAAAGCAAAAGCUUGUUUCAUUGCGAGACCACCCAACUCGUGAAGAAUGCCCUCUUAUAUAUCAUCUGGAUGUUGCUGCAAUGUAUCCAAAUAUCAUUUUGACAAAUAGGCUCCAGCCACCAUCCAUAGUUACAGAUGUGGACUGCACAGCAUGUGAUUUCAAUCGCCCUGGAAAGAAUUGCCUUAGAACGCUCGAAUGGGUCUGGCGAGGAGAAACCUACACGGCAAAAAAGAGUGACUAUCAUCAUAUAAAGAGGCAAAUUGAGUCAGAGAUGAUUCAAACUGGUGGGGUUACAUCUUCAAAGCCUUUCCUCGACCUCUCAAAACCAGAGCAUUUACUAAAGCUGAAGGAUCGUUUGAAGAAGUACUGCCAGAAGGGGUACAAAAGAGUAGUUGACAAACCAAUUACAGAAGUUAGAGAAGCUGGAAUAUGCAUGCGUGAAAAUUCUUUCUACGUAGAUACAGUGCGAAGCUUUCGUGAUAGAAGGUAUGAAUACAAAGGCCUGAAUAAAACAUGGAAAGGAAAACUAUCAGAAGCAAAAGCCAGUGGAAAUUCUAUCAAAAUUCAGGAAGCACAGGACAUGGUUGUGCUAUAUGAUUCUUUGCAACUUGCUCACAAGUGCAUAUUAAAUUCUUUUUAUGGAUAUGUUAUGCGCAAGGGUGCAAGAUGGUACUCUAUGGAAAUGGCUGGUGUUGUAACAUAUACUGGUGCAAAAAUCAUCCAAAAUGCUCGAUUACUUGUAGACAAAAUUGGAAGACCACUGGAACUCGACACAGAUGGCAUUUGGUGUGUUUUGCCUGGUUCUUUCCCAGAGAAUUUUACUUUCAAGACAAAAGCUGAGAAGAAGCUCACAAUAUCUUAUCCAUGUGUGAUGCUUAAUGUUGAUGUUGCAAGAACCAACACCAAUGAUCAAUAUCAAACAUUGAAAGAUCCUGUAAGCAAGCUAUACACAACAAAUAGUGAAUGCUCCAUCGAGUUUGAGGUAGAUGGACCAUACAAGGCCAUGAUUCUACCUGCCUCUAAAGAGGAAGGGAUUCUGAUAAAGAAGAGGUAUGCUGUCUUCAACGAAGAUGGCACCCUGGCAGAACUUAAAGGCUUCGAGAUUAAGCGUCGAGGUGAGCUGAAGCUCAUCAAAGUUUUUCAGGCGGAGGUAUUCGAUAAAUUUCUCCAUGGCUCUACUUUAGAGGAGUGCUAUGCAGCUGUUGCCUCUGUUGCUAACCGCUGGUUAGAUCUACUGGACAAUCAAGGAAUUGAUAUUUCUGACAGUGAGUUGCUUGGGUUCAUAUCGGAGUCAAGCACAAUGAGUAAGUCCCUUGUUGACUAUGGAGAACAGAAGUCAUGUGCUGUAACUACAGCAAAAAGACUUGCAGAAUUCCUUGGAGAUUCAAUGGUUAAAGACAAAGGACUGCACUGCCAAUAUAUAGUUGCCCGAGAGCCACAAGGCACCCCAGUGAGCGAGCGUGCUGUUCCGGUGGCUAUUUUUGAGACAGAUGCUGGUAAUACUUUUCAUGCAAAUCGCUGCUUUUGUAUCCCCAACCUGUUCAACUUACUUACACUAUCCUCUUAUUUGACAGAGGUCGCAAAGUUCUAUUUAAGAAAAUGGUGCAAAGUCUCCACGGAAGCAAACAUCCGAUUUAUUCUUGAUUGGUCUUACUACAAGCAGCGCCUAAGCUCGGCUAUUCAGAAGAUCAUAACUAUUCCUGCAGCGAUGCAAAAGAUUUCAAAUCCUGUUCCCCGAGUUCUUCAUCCUGAUUGGUUGCAUAAAAAGGUCAGAGAGAAGGAUGACCGAUUUCGUCAACGCAAACUACGUGAUAUGUUCAGUCCCUUGAAUAAAGACAUGGGGAUGCAUAACUUGAAUGGAACUGGAGACAUAGAAGAUUUGUUAACAUCAGACAAAGGUUUGAGAAAAGCUACUGCAUCCCAUGGUUUUAACAUCGGCAAAGAAAAUCAUCCAAAUGGGUCACCAUCAGCAAAAGCUAGUUUGGGUCAUUGCAAAAACCAGCAAAAAUCUGUAAUCAGGUCAAAUGAACCACUCCGAGAUGACUCUGCUGAUGAAAUAGUUGAUAGAAGUACUGAUUAUCAAGGAUGGCUUGAGGCCAGGAAGAGAAAAUGGAAAUAUGUCCGUGAACAGAAGAAACGUCGAAGGUUGGGUGCUGCAGCCUCUUCUGAGGGUCCCAGUAAUAAUUUGUUUUCUGCAAGAAAUGACAGUCAGUUACAUGGCAAUGGUAGGAAUCGGUCUACAUUUUUCCAGAAACAAGAAUUGUCCCUCUUUAGAUCACAUUGGCAGAUAAUCCAGCUUGCUCCAAGUACAUUGCCUGGCCGUUUUUUUGCAUGGGUUGUUGCUGAGGGGAUCAUGUUCAAGAUUCCCAUCAAUGUGCCUAGAGUUUUCUACCUAAACUCAAAAGCUCCUAUCACAGAUGAGUUUCCAGGAAGGCGUGUAAAGAAGAUUCUUCCUCAUGGAAAACCAUCUUUCAAUCUCAUCGAGGUUGUAACUAGUGAAGAACAGUUCAGGGCUGAAGGAAGAAAACUUGCUGCUCAUCUUGCAGAGCCAGAUGUUGAAGGCAUAUAUGAGACGAAAAUUCCACUGGAGCUAAAUGCUAUUCUCCAAAUUGGUUGUGUCUGCAAAGUGGACAAAUCUGCGGAGAAACGAAAUAUCCAAGAUGGAUGGGAUCUUGCUGAGUUGCAAAUGAAAACAACUGCAGAGUUCUCAUACCUGGAACAAACAGUUUCAUUUUUCUAUCUAUACCACAGUGUGUCUGAAGGAAGGGCUGUAUAUGUCAUGUACUUCCCUACAUCUCUCAGAGUACAUGCAGUGGUUAUCAAUCCUUUCCGUAAUAAAGAACUGUCACCUGCGUUUCUUGAAAAGCAAUUUCGGGAUGCUUGCCAGACUCCUGACCCUUUGCAUGAAAAUCUCACUUUCCAGGUGGACUACCACACAUCAAUGGAUGCAGGUAGCAAAUAUGUGCAACGAAUGUUACUUGAGUACAGACAACAACAUCCUGGACCUGUCAUAGGCAUCAUUGAAUGCCCUAAACUCCAAGCUAUAAGGGAAUCUGUACGUGCACUUGAUGAUUUCCCGUGUGUAACCAUUCCUUGCAAUGCACGGGAUAACAACUAUCAGGCUCUUGGUUGGCAAGCGACAGCUGGUAGAACAAGCAUGCAGCGCUGUGCUGCAUCAACUCAAUGGUUCAAUGAAAGAAUUUCACUUGCUAGAUAUGCACAUGUGCCAUUGGGAAACCUUGAACUUGAUUGGCUUCUUUUUACUGCUGAUGUGUUCUUCUCAAGGGCAUUGCAUGAUCAACAACAGGUACUAUGGAUAUCUGAUGAUGGUAUUCCUGAUUUAGGCGGCACAUAUGAAGGAGAUACAUGCUUUGCUGAUGAAGUCAUACAACCUGCACUAACAUAUCCUGGCGCUUAUAGGAGGAUUUCUGUUGAGCUUAAGAUUCAUCAUUUGGCGGUUAAUUCUCUCCUUAAGAGUAGUCAAGUGGAUGAAAUGGAAGGAGGAUCUAUCGGCAACUUUGAAAAUGACAUUCCUCCUGGUCCAAAUGCCACCGAAACUGACUAUAAUGACGCCAGCUUGUGUCUACCUGCUUUCCAAGUGCUGAAGCAACUCAUUCAAAGAUGCAUCUCGGAUGCAGUGUCUUCUGGAAAUGUAUUUGCUGAUGCGAUAUUGCAACAUCUCUACCGUUGGCUUUGCAGCCCACGAUCAAGACUUCAUGACCCAGCUCUCCAUCGCCUCCUUCAUAAUGUCAUGAAGAAGGUCUUUGCUCUAUUGUUAGCUGAGUUUCGAAAGCUUGGAGCUAAUGUUAUCUUUGCAAACUUUUCUAAGAUAAUCAUAGAUACCGGAAAAGUGGACUUGCCGUCAGCACGUGCAUACUGUGAUAGCUUGCUGAAAACCUUACAGACAAGGGAUCUUUUCGAGUGGAUAGAACUGGAACCUUUGCACUAUUGGCACUCCUUACUGUUCAUGGAUCAGUACAACUACGGUGGGAUUCAGGCCAAAACACAAAAUGUAACAUCUGCAGACAGUUCAGACGGUGAUGAUGAUAUUGACAUCGUGUCAAGCUGGAAUAUAGCAGAAUACUUGCCCAAAGCUACACAGGAUCACUUUGUCUUGAUCGUAUCGGAGUUCCUAUAUGUUCCAUGGAAAUACAUGAAAGAACAAGUAGCUUGCCGAGCAGCUAUGAGGGAUGACACCUCAUGCACUCCAUCUAUAACAAUCAUGGCUGCUGAGAAUCUUGAGGGACAGGUCGUUGAUUACCUCCGUGGGCAGAUCGGCACUUAUUUUGCGGAAAAGCUUCUCACAAUUGUGAGCGAUAUACUUCUCCAUUUCAAAGGAAAAGGCAAGUCUGAAUCAGUUGGACCUUCAAAUAGUGAACUUGAUCCUCACUUACAUAAAGGCGGUGCUGCAUUGGAGUUCAUUAAACAUAUAUGUGCUGUUCUUGCUCUCGAUCAGAAUGUUCAGCAUGAUAUUCUGAGAAUGCGAAAGAACUUGUUGAAGUUGGUGCGCGUAAAGGAAUUUGCUCCAGAAGCACAGUUCCAAGAUCCCUAUGCCUCAUUCAUCCUUCCAAACGUGAUUUGCAGCUAUUGCAACGAUUGCCGGGACCUUGACCUCUGCCGCGACUCGACGCUGCAAGGCCACGAGUGGAGGUGCGCGGUGCCGCAGUGCGGGCAGCCGUACCACCGGGAGGAGAUGGAGAACGCGCUGCUGCAGAUUGUGCGGCAGCGAGAGAGGCUGUACCACCUGCAGGACCUGGUGUGCGUCCGGUGCAGGCAGGUGAAGGCGGCCCAUGUGUCAGAGCAGUGCAACUGUGGAGGGUCGUUCCGGUGCAAGGAGGAGGCGCCGCAGUUCCUUGGCAAGAUGCGGGUCUUCCUGAACGUCGCGGUGAGCCAGAAGUUCGAGCUGCUCCAGGAUUGCGUCCGAUGGAUCCUGGAGGUCAGGUGAUGCCUGCCGUAGUUCUUCAGUUGACACCUAGUGUAGCAUAGUGAAUUAGUUACAGUAACUUUUUGUUUGAAGCAACCAACUUGCAGCCGCAAAGAAUGUAUUUAUUACAUGAAUAACUGUCGGGACAACUAAAAUAACUGUUGGCACACUACAUCCAUGUCGUAUAAUGAGAAGCAUGUCUGUCUGUUUGACAUAAUUUA